CAACCAGAUGCCCUUCGUCUUUUACAUUUGACAAAGUUUUUGUCGAACCUCCAGCAGGCGAAUUCUACAGGAAAUUUGCGAACUUGAUGUCGCGAGCCUCGAAUCUUUGAUACCGUACCAUUUAUUCAUUAAGGCUGCCAGAGGCGCUGAGCCGAUACCUAUCAAAGGGUUGACUAUUGUUCACCUGGUACCUAGAUACUCAAGAGACGUCUUCGCCACAGCAUCAGUAUCCUCGCGCCCAUUCGCCUUGGCAGUCCUCAUUUUUGAUCGCUAUUAUAUCCUCUGACAAACGUGCGCCAUGUCCGCUAUACUUUCCGCUGAUGACCUCAACGACUUCAUCUCGCCAGGGGUCGCAUGUAUCAAGCCCGUCGAGACGCUUCCAGCGGCCCCUGAACAACCGAAAGAGAACGAGCUUGAACACGAGGUCGUCAUCGAUGGCCAACACCCUACACCAUCCACAGAUGCACCAGCUCAGAUUUCUUUGACAGACUGUCUGGCUUGCUCUGGCUGCGUAACCUCAGCCGAAGCGGUUCUCGUCAGCUUGCAGAGUCAUAACGAACUGUUGAGUGUCCUAGAUCAAGCACCUGGGCUACAAAUAAGGCGCAACGAUGCCGAUGGAACGUUCAAAGUAGAAGGCUUAGAAAAUCCCGAUAGCAAACUUUUCGUGGCAAGCGUGUCGCCCCAGACACGUGCCAGCCUUGCCGCAGCCGCUGGGCACGGUGUAACGAAGCGCGAUGCCGGACGAAUGAUUACACAGUUAUUAGUAGGACGUGACGGCUUGAAAGCUGGCGGGAAAUGGAACAAUGCGUUCACAUGGGUAGCAGACACGAAUGCGGCCCGGACAGCAUGUCUGGUACUCGGUGCCGAGGAAGCCACUAGCGAUAGCAAACUUGCUAAACCAAUUUUAACUUCCAGUUGUCCGGGUUGGGUGUGUUAUGCCGAGAAAACACACCCAUACGUCUUGCCUCAUAUAUCGAAGAUAAAGUCGCCACAAGCCUUAAUGGGAACGUUACUGAAGACAACUUUGAGCCGCACAUUAGGUAUUUCCCCUGACCGGAUAUGGCACCUUGCCGUCAUGCCUUGCUUCGACAAAAAAUUAGAGGCUAGCCGUGAAGAAUUGACCGACACGAUAUGGAAUGGAAAUGGUCAACCGGGCAGGGGAGUCCGCGAUGUUGAUUGUGUUAUCACCAGCAAGGAAAUCCUGAUGUUGACGGAGUCCAGAGGUCUCGAUUUCUUCAACUUAUCGAGAGAAUCAAUACCGGUGUCAUGGCGUAUGCCCUUCCCUGAUCCGGCUCUGGAUAAGUUCAUCUUCUCAUCCCCUAAGGGUGGCCGACCAGAUCCCGCUGCCAGCACGUCGGGGGGUAAUCUAUAUUAUACGUUGCAAUACGUUGCCUCUCGGCAUCCGGGAUCACGUAUUGAAACGACCCGUGGCAGAAAUGUAGACGUUGCCGAGUUCUCAGUGGUAUCCGCAGCCGGGGACAUAAUAUUCAGGGCCGCGCGAUAUUACGGCUUUCGGAAUAUCCAGAAUUUGGUGCGAAAGUUGAAACCUGCGCGGCCAUCGCGGAUGCCUGGCGCAAGGGCUAUCGGGGCCAGCAGGAAAGCUGCUGGAAAGCCAGCUGGAUCUGAAUACGACUAUGUUGAAGUUAUGGCUUGCCCUGGUGGCUGUACCAACGGCGGAGGUCAAAUUAAAGUCGAUGACCCUGUAAUUGUUGAGCGCAAAGGGUCUGGAUUCAAGCCCGGCCCUCAGGAGCAGAAACAGUGGCUUGCCGAGGUGGACGAAGCUUAUUUCUCGGCCGACGACAGUGAAUUAGAGAGCAGAGAAGGCAAAGUAAUAACGCAAGAGGGAAGAAGUGACCUAGUCGGCGACAUCUCUCCAUCCUAUAUUCAAGAUAGUCUGGCAUAUUGGAGUAGGAUAACGAGCAUAGACAUAGAUAGACUAGUAUCCACCAGUUACCGCGAGGUUAUUAGUGACGUGGGUAAGAGCAAAAUGAACGACACAGAACGAGUGGUUCAACUUGCUAGCAAGAUUGGCGGCGGUUGGUAGCCGUCUUUGCUCAUAGUUUA